GCAGCAGCAAUUCACUUCCCGCGUUGAAGUGACGUGGGCGGUGGGGAGGGCGGGCUUGGAGCGACAGCGGCGCAAGAUGGCGGCCACCACGGGCUCGGGAGUAAAAGUUCCUCGUAAUUUUCGACUGCUGGAAGAGCUAGAAGAAGGCCAGAAAGGAGUCGGAGAUGGCACAGUUAGCUGGGGUCUUGAAGAUGAUGAAGAUAUGACACUUACAAGAUGGACAGGCAUGAUUAUUGGGCCCCCAAGGACUAUUUAUGAAAACAGAAUAUAUAGCCUUAAAAUAGAAUGUGGCCCUAAAUAUCCUGAAGCACCUCCAUUUGUAAGAUUUGUAACGAAAAUUAAUAUGAAUGGAGUAAAUAGUUCUAACGGAGUGGUUGACCCAAGAGCCAUAUCAGUCCUAGCAAAAUGGCAGAAUUCUUAUAGUAUCAAAGUUGUUCUGCAAGAGCUCCGGCGUCUAAUGAUGUCUAAAGAAAAUAUGAAACUUCCUCAACCACCUGAAGGACAAUGUUACAGUAAUUAAUGAAAAACAAAAAGAAAAAUCAUGCCCCAUCAUUCAAUUUAAGCUCUCUUCAUUUUCCACAGUAGUAAAUUUUCUAGAUGCAUCUUGUAGAUCUCCAAGUACUGGAAAGGAAGUUCCCAUUGCAAAGGAAAGUUUAUCUUGAAAUACUGUAAAUGAUACUAAUUUUUUUUUUUCCCAUUUGACAAUAAGUUGUGCUAUAACAAAUAAUGCUGUCCUGUGUAACCACUGUCCACAUAGUUGAACUUCUGGUAUCAAGAAAACUCUAUUUAAAUUUAUUACUGUCAAAGACCAGUGUGUCACAUUGAACUCGACUGUGAAAAAGCAUAAAAAGCAUACAUCACACAAUCACAAUGCUGUGUGUUUGGCCUGGGUUUAUAUCUUUUCUCCCGUCUCUCUCUUUCUCAUGCACACACACUCUCCCCCCCCUCUCUCUCUUCCCCCCCUCUUCCUUUCUUUUUGUGUGUUUGCAAUAGAGUUGAUGCUCAGGGCUAUUUAUUAGAGUAGACAUGGAGAGCACAAUCCGUAGAUCGUGAUCUUGCCCAAGCCCUUUUGAAAAGAGUCUGGGCCACAAUAUCCUUGAUUCUUGCACAGUUCUCUUUUGAUCCAACGGGGCUUGCCCAAGACAAUGUUCCCAAAAGAUUGUGCCAUAAGGUUUCAAUUACCAGCUGCGUCUGGGUUGUAUGGACUACUAAUGGGAUGUUUUUUGGUAUCUUCGGUCAUCCCUCCCUUUGUGCAAGCUCUAGUAAAAUGCUGAAUGUCUCCAGGGUUGGUUUUUAUUUUUCUGCUUUUAAUGAAUGCUUACACAGCCAUUUGGGGCAGGUUCUUCUUUCUCCCAAAACCUUUGCUAAGGCAUAGAUUGUAUAUCUCUCUCACACUUUCUCUCUCCCCCCCGGAAUGAGGGCCUCGGGAUGACAGAUCUGGGGGAACUUUUCAGACUUUCCCCUCUGUCUUUCUUGUCAUGGUUGGGGUGCUGCUUUCUUUUUGCCCCUUCUAUGAUGCUUUACAUUUGGCCAAAAGAGGUAAGUGGCUGGCAAACUGCCUGAUUUUAUUGUUGUUAUUAUUGUUAUUAUUAUUGUUGUUAUUAUUAUUAUUAUUGCUUCAUGCUUGUCAAUUUUGGGGUGGGGCAUGGGUAGGGUCUAUAAAUUAAUCUUCACCAGCUGAUAAAACAAGAAUGUCUGGUUUUGCUCACAAACAGCCUUCCCUUCCUACUCUGUGGCAGCUUCCCUAUCAGAAAGCUAGCCACGGCUGACAUAUUAGACAGGGUUUUAUGAUACAGUGAAAGAGUAGUCAUUUACCAGGAGCGUCUGAGUCUGUUAAGAAUGGCUAAAUAUUCCGAAAAGAUCUCUACACGGAUGUUUGAAACAAACACUCCAGCUUUCUGAGCUGAAGGUCACUACCUCUGCUUGAAUGGCGAUGUUAACUGCUCAUCAGCAUGCCUAACUUUGAGGCUCCGUAGCAGCCUGCCGGCAUAAAAGACGAAUCCACUUUGUGAAGAUUGGAGAUUGUGUUCUGCAGAGAGAGAGAGAGAGAUGCUUUUCUUUCCUAAAGAAUCAGAUGGUGCUGCCAUGCAUGGUGGGUGAGGCUUCUUGGCAAAUCACUUCUUUUUCAGACUCCUUGUUUUGGACCACUGACUGCUGAAACGUGGAUGCAAAGCUUAAAUGCAAACAAUCCAAUGUAUCCUCUUUAAUGAAAAUUUAAAAAAAACCCGCAGUGUUCAUGUAAAACAAAAAGCAAAAGUCAACGUUUAAAAGCAGAAGUAUCAAGUCAAUGAAUAAUUGAUGUUUCCAUUAACUCUUUUAAGGAGCAUAUUAGUUGUAAGGAUUUAACAUCCUCUGUAAUUAAAAAAAAAAUUAACAGUAUUCCAUAAGCAGCCUUUUUAUUGUAUCAGACCAUCGCCUGAUUUUAAUAUAAUAAAAAGUGUGCAUUAAUAUUA